UUUGGGCGUGUUUCAGUCCCAUGUUGUAGUUGUGUUUUGGACUGCUCAUUAAACUAUUUUGCCACUGGGAAUUCCUCGCUCUCCUGCUCCUGAUUCCUGCACCUCCCUCCGUUAGGAGGCACGUAACAAGAUGUUAGUUACAUACUGUAUGAAAAGCUCAUAAUUAUGGUCAAGUAGUGGUCAGUUUUUGGGCGUAUCAAAUCAGAUGGAAUGGAAAGACUCUUAAUGUUUCUCUGUAUGAAUUGAAAGCUCAUUUCAGCUGAAGAUGACAGGCCAGGUGGCCGACAGAGACUUGUCCCCCCAUCGUCUCUCAGUGAAGACCACUGUGGAGGAGGAGCCAGAGAGGGAGAGAGCUGAGAGUACUCUCAGCAGAGUGCCAUCAGAAUGUGAUCAUGAUAAUGAUGACACAUCCUCAGAGCUGGCACGGGUGGCUGCUCUCGAUGGUCGAAACAACUCAAGGAACUCUUUUCAAGGACGGGGAGCUCUGUCUAGAUUAGUGAAUUUGGUGGUGAUUCUGAGGGAGUGGGCACACAGGAGCCUUGUAGAGGAGGAGGAGCGGCCAGACUCUUUCUUGGAACGCUUCCGUGGCCCUGAGCUCAGGACUGCCCCUAGUCGCAUCAGCAAUACGCAGCCUGAUGCCAAUGGCAACAAUACCAAAGGGAGAUUUAGGAAAAAAUGGGGUGUGUUCGUUGUGUCCCCAUCAGACGACAUGUACUACCGUUGGCUGUUUGUUAUUGCUAUAGCUGUGCUCUACAACUGGAUCCUCAUUGUGGCUAGGGCAUGCUUUGACAAACUGCAGACAAGCAAUUACAUCUGCUGGUUGGUGCUGGACUACCUUUCAGACGCUUUGUACAUCUUGGACACAUGUGUCCGACUCCGCACAGGGUUUCUGGAGCAGGGUCUGCUGGUGAAGGACCUCUCCAAGCUGAGAGACAGCUACGUCCGCACAUUUCAGUUCAAGCUGGAUGUCGUGUCCAUCCUACCCACUGAUCUGGCCUACAUAUCCACAGGAAUCCACACCCCAGAGCUCAGAUUCAAUCGCCUGCUGCGCUUCCCACGCAUGUUUGAGUUCUUUGACCGCACUGAGACACGCACAAACUACCCCAACAUCUUCCGCAUCUGCAACUUGGUGCUCUACAUCCUGGUCAUCAUCCACUGGAACGCCUGCAUCUACUUUGCUAUUUCCAAAUCUCUAGGGUUUGGCUCUGAUACCUGGGUGUACCCCAACAUCUCCAACCCUGAGUAUGGCUCCCUAACCCGGGGCUAUGUCUACUGCCUGUACUGGUCCACCCUCACCCUCACCACCAUAGGAGAGACACCGCCACCCGUACGAGAUGAGGAGUUCCUCUUUGUGGUCUUUGACUUCCUAGUUGGGGUGCUGAUCUUUGCCACGAUUGUGGGUAAUGUUGGCUCCAUGAUUUCCAACAUGAAUGCCACACGUGCAGAGUUUCAGGCCCGUAUUGAUGCCAUCAAACACUACAUGCACUUCCGCCGGGUCAGCAAGGAGCUGGAAGCACGCGUCAUUAAGUGGUUUGACUACCUCUGGACUAAUAAGAAAGCAGUGGAUGAGCAGGAGGUAUUGAAGAACUUGCCUAACAAAUUGCGGGCUGAGAUCGCCAUCAAUGUGCACCUGGAGACCCUGAAGAAAGUGCGUAUCUUUCAGGACUGUGAGGCUGGACUGUUGGUGGAGCUGGUGCUGAAACUCCGGCCACAGGUCUAUAGCCCAGGGGACUACAUCUGCCGCAAAGGGGACAUAGGGAAGGAGAUGUACAUCAUCAAAGAGGGGAAGCUGGCAGUGGUGGCAAAUGACGGGGUCACACAGUACGCCCUCCUCACCGCCGGCAGCUGCUUUGGGGAGAUAAGUAUCCUCAACAUCCAGGGCAGCAAAAUGGGAAACCGCAGGACGGCCAAUAUCCGCAGCAUCGGCUAUUCUGACCUCUUCUGCCUCUCUAAGGACGACCUGAUGGAAGCAGUGACCGAGUACCCUGAUGCUAAGAAGGUGCUGGAGGAGAGGGGGAAGGAGAUCCUUAUGAAGGAGGGCCUCCUGGAUGAGAAUGCAGAGGCUGGCAGACUGGGUGGAGAGGACACUGAGGAGAAGGUGGAGAGGCUGGAGUCCUCUCUGGACACCCUGCAGACGCGCUUCGCCCGCCUGCUCAGCGAGUACACGGCCACACAGCAGCGGCUGAAGCGGCGCAUCACCAACCUGGAGCGCCAGCUGUGCCACACGGGCUGCGGGAUCCUCUCAGACGCAGACCUUUCUGACGAAGACUCAGCAUCUGAGGCUGAGGCAGACACUCUGGCCGCUGCUAAUACCGUUGAGCAGGGUGACCAUGGAAAUGAUGAGCCGACUGAAUCCACUGUUCAAACUUGAAAGCUGCCUGAGACCAUGGCUCUAGGCCUAGCACUUUCUAAGCACUUUCAAACUCACAAGGGUAUACACAAAUGUACAAUAAAUGUCCUUCCUAAUAAGAAAAUCAUUUUCAUAUUAACUUUAUGACUGUUGCAUUAAGAGUACAGUGCCUUCAGAAAGUAUUCACACCCCUUGACUUGUUCC